AAAAUUUACAUUCUUUUCUAUUUCCUUUUCAGGAACCUGCAUGGAAAUGUCACAUAUGGAAAAAGGGCAGGGAGUCGGGGAAAAGCAAGAAGCCUCGUAGGAAAUUCCAUUUCAAACAAAUUGCUCGCGCUGUGAAGUUCACCUCGAAGCUGUUUGGUCGAGCCCUCUCACGAAGGAUCAAGGCUACCGUCCUUUACGCUACAGAGACCGGAAAGUCGGAGAUUUACGCCAAGAAGCUGGGAGAAAUAUUCGGACAUGCUUUCAAUGCUCAGGAGUUCGCGAAAAAUCUGUACGCUCUGAAGAUGACUGAGAACGGUAUUCCAGAAGGAGAGAAACUUAGGUAA